UCACCCCCUAUAUUCUUCUCCUCCCCUCUUUGCACCAUGGGGACGGAAGAGCUAGAAAAAAUACUUUUCAACUUACUACAGCCUGACAAUGCCAUCAUCCAACAGGCCACAGCCCAGCUCAAAGAGGCCCUGAAGCAGCCCGUGGCCUUGUCCCAUCUCUGCCAUGUGAUAUCAAACUCCCAAGAUCCUCAAAUCCGGCAAUUUGCUGCAGUGCUCAUGAGAAGACGCCUCACCAAACACUGGAGGAAACUCAACGCAGCUGACCAGGGCAUGCUUAAGACGCUGGCACUGAGCACCCUGCAGCGGGAAACAGACCAUAAGGUCUCCUUAAGCCUGGCCCAGCUGGCUGCCGUCAUUCUGAAGAACGAGACGCUGGAGAAAUGGCCCCAGAUGCUCCAGCUCAUCCAACACGGAGCCCGCUCCCAAGACCCCACCCAGUGCCAGGUGGGCUUGCUGCUCCUGCACUGUGCACUGGAAGCGGACCCCGACACCUUUGCCCCUCACUACACGGAUCUCUUGCGCCUCUUCCACCAGACGCUCAACAAACGGGACCAGCCGGCCACCCUCUACUACUCCCUGCGGAGCCUCACCACCAUGGCGCCCAGCGUCGGCUCUGACGAGAUGAAGCUGAUGUCUUCGAUAAUGCCCAAGGUUAUAGCGGCCAUCCGAGAACUGGUCGGUGUUGACGAGACCCAGGCUAGCGAAACGAUGGAAGUUUUCGACGAACUCAUGGAGACGGAAGUCGCCAUCAUUGUUCAUCAUCUCCCGGAGGUCGUUGGCUUCUGCCUGGAGGUGGCCACCAACCAGGCGUUGGGCGACAACCUACGCGUCAAAGCCUUGUCCUGCAUCAGCUUCCUCAUCAAACUCAAGGGCAAGGCCAUCCUGAAGCACAAACUCCUCUCGCCCAUCCUGAACGCCCUCUUCCCCAUCAUGAGCGCCGAGCCGCCCGCAGGCCAGAUGGACGCCGAGGACGAGCAGACGGAGGAGGACAUAGAAGACAGGGCCGAAGUCCAGACCCCCAAGCACUACGCCGCCCAGGUGGUCGAUAUGUUAGCGCUCCACCUACCCCCGGAGAAACUCUUCCCCCAGCUGACGCCUCUGAUGGAGCCGGCGCUACUCAGCCCCAACCCUUACCAUCGCAAAGCCGGCCUCAUGUGCCUAGCAGUGUUGGCCGAAGGCUGCGGAGACCACAUCCGGAAGAAGCACCUCCAGCCCAUGCUGCAGGUGGUGUGCCGGGCGCUGUCGGACGAGAACCAGGUGGUGCGCAACGCAGCACUGUUUGCCCUGGGCCAGUUCUCCGAGAACCUGCAGCCUGACAUUGCAGAGUAUUCCGAUGACAUCAUGCCUCUGCUCCUAUGCUACCUGGAGGGUGUCCAUCCGGCCCAUACCAGCCACAUGGCCAAGGCCUACUACGCCCUGGAGAACUUCGUGGAGAACCUCGGGGAGAAGAUUGGGCCGUACAUCCCAGCUCUGAUGGAAAGGAUGCUCACCACUUUAAGUUCCUCCAGCAGCCCCCGCAACAAGGAACUUGCCGUUAGCGCCAUUGGAGCCAUCGCCCAGGCGGCUCAGGAGUCCCUCUUGCCGUACUUCCAGACUAUCUUGGAAAACCUGAUGGGUUACCUGCUCACCACCCGGGAGGACCUCCGCCCCGUCCAGAUUCAGUCCGUGGAGACACUGUCCGUCCUCGCCACCACCAUGUCCAAGGAGGUCUUUCUGCCCGUAGCUGACGAUUGCUGCAAGCUCGGGCUGGACCUCUGCGACAAAGUAGACGACCCGGAUUUGCGGAGGUGCACGUACAGCCUCUUCGGGUCGCUGGGCUCCGUCUUGGGGGAAGCCCUCGCUCCGUACCUGCCGCGCAUCACCACGCUGAUGCUCUACUCCAUCAAAUCCACUGAGGGCGUCGAGCCUCACUUCGGGACUGGAAAUUCUUUCCUGCUGUUUGACGACGAGGAAGAGGAGGCCGAGGUGGAAGGAGACGAGACCUUCACCGAUGAUGAGGAUGAUGAGGACUUGGACCUCACGGGGUUGAGUGUGACAAACACGUUCAUGGAUGAAAAAGAAGACGCCUGUAUGGCGCUGGGAGAGAUUGCCGCGGCCGCCAGCGUGUCCUUCCUGCCGUACAUGGAGACCAGCUUCCAUGAAAUCUGCAAGCUGUUGGAGUGCCCCCACAUCAGCGUGCGCAAAUCUGCUUUUGAGGCUCUGGGCCAGUUCUGCGUCUCGCUUAGCCGGCUUUGUGAUCACGACCCGUCCGAGCCCCACAUUGCCGGUUUCCGGAAGCUUCUGUCCCUGGUGCUGCCGGUUUACAUCAAAGGGAUCCGAGAGGACAAAGAGCGGCAGGUGGUGAUGGCUAUUUUGGAAAUGCUGGAAAAGGUGGUGAAGUCCUGCCAACGGGAGGCCCUGCGCGAACCCGGGCGGCUGGCCGAGCUGUGCCAGGUGAUCCGGGAGGUGCUGGAGAAAAAGACGGCCUGCCAGGACAUUGACGUGGAUGAGGACGAAGAGGAUGAGGACGAAGAGGAGGCGGAGUAUGACCUGAUGCUGAUCGAGUUCGCCGGGGAGGUGAUCCCUACGCUUGCCAAAGUCGCCGGUGGGGAAGCCUUCGCCCCCUACUUUGCCGGUUUCUUGCCCCUGUUCCUCAACAAGAUGAAACCCGCCUGCAGCUGCUCUGACAAGUCCUUUGCGGUGGGCACGGUGGCCGAGGCGAUCCAGGGUCUGGGCCAGGCUGCCAUUUCCUUCAUCCCGCGCCUGCUGCCGCAGCUGACAGAGGCGGCCCGCGACGCCGACAAGGAAGUGCGCAGCAACGCCAUCUUCGGGCUGGGCGUGCUGGCGGAGCAGAGCGGGGAAGCCCUGUACGAACAUUACCCCAAGCUGCUGGGGCUGUUGUCCAGCAUCAUCUCCCAAGAGCGAAACAACCGGGUGGCCGAUAACGUCUGUGGAGCCGUCGCCCGGAUGGUGAUGGCCAAUCCCGACGGGGUGCCCAUCGGGCAGAUUCUCCCCGUCUUGCUGCACGCCCUCCCGCUCAAGGAGGACUUCGAGGAAUACAAAACGGUGUUCCGUUGCUUCAGCUUUGUGUACGAACGCAAUCCACAGCAGCUGUCGCAGCAGGUCGGGGAAAUCGUACGGGUCAGCAGCUCCGUCUUGGACAGCAAGCAUCUCCCCGCAGAGAGCCGGAACACCCUGGUGACGCUCCUGCACAGGCUGUCGGCCCACUGCCCGGCCGAGUUCCAAACGGCCCUCCUGUCGCUCCCUCCGGAAGCCGGCGCCUUGGUCAACACUGCCGUCAGCUCCGUGUGAGGCGGCAACGGCGGGCCUGCGCUCCCCGCCGACUUCGCCCUGUCAGCGCGGACUUCAGCGGCGGAGGCCGUGGCCCCCUGCCCAACAUCUAGCCCUGCCUGGAUUCGUCGUGUCCUUCUCUUUCGAGACAGACCUCCUCCUGACCCAAAGCAGCCUGCCGUCUUCAGCCUUGUGCUCCUCUCGCCGGUUGGUCGUCUUCCGGCUCGCUCCUGAGCCCCGGUUCUUGUCCACCCAACGGUCAUUUCGAUCUCGGUAGUGCCCGUGCGUCCUCUCGGGUCGGGUUUGUUGUGAGUUUUUUCCCCCUUCUUCCUUGGUUGAGUUGUUAAGCCCGUUCCUCGGAAGGGUGCCUUUUUCUCGGAGAACCGUUGCGUAUGCGAAGGUGGGUUGUUGUUGUUUUAUGCCGCCCGUUGCUUCAUGCGACCUUCCACCACGAAAGAGGGAAACUCCUUCGCCUGAACCUUUCACGGGUCGUUCUGCAGCUACCGCUCAGUCCCGCUAGCGCAGUCUUCCUCAACCUGGAGCAUUCCAGAUGUGUUGGACUGCACCUCCCAGAAUGCCC